UCCCCGACCUCCAAACCACCGCGCACCAUUGCUGUCCUGGGUGGCGGCCUGACGGGCCUGACGACUGCGUAUUAUCUGACACGAUUUAUGCCCAAUAACAGGAUCACCAUCUACGAGGCCAGCGACCGACUGGGCGGGUGGAUCGACACUGACGAGGUCACCGUCGAGACGCCCGACGGCACUAAAGGCACCGUGCUAUUCGAGCGUGGCGCUCGCACAAUAAAGACGCUGGCCAGCCAACCCAAGUGGGACGACAUUGUCUUCUUUGAUCUGGUCACCCAACUCAACCUCAAGAGCGAGCUUCGAUACACGAACUAUGGUGACCACAUCCGGCGCUUCAUAUACUACCCAGAUCACCUUGUCGACGUCACCGGGCCCGUCCUCAAGCCGUCGCAGCCGUUUACCUCGAUUCUCUCCUGCCUGGCCACAUUGUACAGCCUACUCACGGAGCCGCUCUUCAAGGGCGUAAUACCCUCUGUUUACAACUACUACAAAAGGGUGGUGGAGCCAAAGAGGAAUACUAUAUACACCCGCAAGAAUCCUCUACAUGCCACAUUAGUGUCGGAAGACGUGUCAAUUGGUCAUUUCUUUCGUAGUGCCUUUGGCCGUCCCGAUAUUGUAGACAAUGUGCUCUCAGCUAUGAUUCACGGCAUUUACGGUGGCGACGUGAACAAGUUGAGCUUCAGGAGCAGUCCCUUUUUCCGCAUUAUUUCGCCAGUCCUUACGAAAUCCGCCGACGAGGUGACGGUAUAUCGAGACGACCUCGAUUUGUUGUUUCAAUUAAGCGCUUCCGAUCCGAAUACGUUCGUUACAGCCUGGGAACUACUCAACGCCGAAUACAUUUGGUUCCGCAACGGCUUCCGCACCUUGACCGACGCGCUGGAGGCUUCGCUCAGGGCGAAUCCGAAAGUGACCAUCAGGACGGGCGAGCCUGUCGAGUCGGUCACCUAUCAUCCGACGCACACAGUUGCGGUAGCGACAAAAAAACGGACGAGAGCAGAUCUCCAUGACAAGGUAGUUUCGACCAUCUUUGCCAAGACUCUCGCAUCUGUCACGGACGGCAAGCUGCCGACGUUGGCCAAGUCGCACGCCGUGUCGAUUCUAGUCGUCAACCUAUGGUAUCCGACACCGGGGCUCAACGGCCCCAAUAAGGGUUUUGGCUAUCUCAUACCACAAAGCGGAGCGGCUGGCAAUCAGGAAUGUGUCUUGGGGGUCCUGUUUGAUUCGGAUCGCCUUACCGGCCUCGAGCGAGACGGUGUCCCCGAGGGCGAUACUGUUCCGGGCACCAAACUUACCGUCAUGAUGGGCGGCCACCUCUGGGAUGGCUUUCCAAAGGAGUUGUGGCCGAGCAACGAAGAAGCGAUCGCCAUGGCCAAGGCCGCCGUCGCACGUCACCUUGACAUACCACAGGCCGAGACAGACCGCGCCGUAGCCCGCGUCAAGAUCUGCGACGAGUGCAUCCCUCAGCAGUACACUAAUCACACGGUGCGCAUGGAAGAAGCGCGCGCGGAGCUCGAAAGCGCUUUCCGUGGCCGGCUAGCCGUUGCGGGCGGCUCAUACCAGCCCCCUGGAGUGUUGGGCAGCCUUCGCGCCGGCUGCGAGAUGGCCGGGCAGAUUGCGGACAGCUUGGGGUUCCCAGUCGGGAGUACCGGACUGGGCCGGUUCACA